GAGAGGAAAGCAAGCUGCAGGCCUUUCCACAGGGACAAACUAGCAGAAAGGCAUCUCACAGUUAUUUCUUUCUCUUUGCUUUCUCUCUCUCUCUCUCAACAUCCUUACGCCAAUUGAUUUGUGUAUGAAAAGCUGGGCGCUUUUCGCCCCCCUUUUGGGCUGUGCGUUUUGAGUGAUCAGCUGAUGAAGAGACUGGCUGCGCGCUGCAAUGCUGGUUUGCUAAUUCUCUUUCCUCCAGACUGGAGCCAGCCUAGAGACCACAGUCAGUCUCAGGCUAUCCAAAACGGACUGACUGAGGUUAUGGAGGAGGAAAUCAACUUGAAGAAGCGAAAAAGCGAUAAUCAAACCAACCAGGUUUCUGAGACUGGUCAGGAGGUGGUGGAGAAGGUCAAAAAGCGACGUGGCCGUCCACCCGCUGAGAAGCUGCCCCCCAACCCUCCCAAACUCACAAAACAAAUGAACACUAUCGUGGAUAUGGUCAUUAAUUACAAGGACACGUUGGGCCGUCAGAUCAGUAAAGGUUUCGUCCAGCUGCCUUCAAGGAAAGAGGUGCCAGAGUAUUAUGAGCUCAUCCGGAAGCCAGUGGACUUUCGGAGGAUCAGGGAGAGGGUCCGUAAUCACAAAUACAGGUGCAUUGCAGACCUUGAAAAGGAUAUUAUGCAGAUGUGUCACAAUGCUCAGACGUUUAAUCUGGAAGGAUCUCAGAUAUUUGAGGACUCCAUAGUUUUGAAGUCUGUUUUUGAGAGUGCAAGACAGCGCAUAGUUGAAGUCAGCGAGGAAGAAGAUGACGCUGUUGGAGGCAGUGAAGCAGAUGGUGGCAAUCAUUUAAAUCUAGAAUCUCCCGUUUCAGGGACAGGAAAUCCUAAACUGGACAAAAAAAUGGAGAGAAAUGCAACCGGUCCCAGCAAUUCACGCCCAAUGGAGAAGGUGACAAACAUUGAUGAAGACAGUGGAAAAGAAUGUGACAUCAAGACACAAGGACUUUUAAAUUUGAUCCCCAAAUGAAAGGCUUUACUUUGGAUGCCAUUGUACCGUUAUAAGAAAAUUGCGUGGCCAUAUAAAUCCCAUUUCCCUUGAAGUUUUGCUCAAGGAUUUGUUCAGAAUGUGAUCCCUCAUCAUCCUGGUUGCCUAUUGCACAUUUAUAGCAAUCUUUGUAUUUUAACAUUGUUACUGCAGUGGUUUGCAGAGAUGCAUCUGAAAAAUUGCAUUGUUUUCAUGUAUUUAUAAACUGUAAAUAAGUCUACACAAAUACCUGGAAUGGCUAAAUAGUGUGGUCUAAAUAAAGAAGGCCUGUAAGUUCAGACUGCCAAAAAAAUGUUUUUAAAGUAUUGAAAAAUGGUGGUUCAUCUUAAUGUUUCACAGUCUUGUAUAAUAAUAUAAACAGAUCCAUUCAGACUUUUAAGAUGGGAUAUGCUGUGCUAAAAUAUUGCAAUUAUGUCUCUGUUUCAGAGAGUUUUUUACAGUGUUUUUGUGACUAAGAGCACUUUGUCACCUGCCCCCCUUGUACGUUUUCCCUUACUUCAUUAACUGUUAAUAUUAAAAAAAAGUUACAAUUUAUAUUUAAUAUAGCUCCAUAUCAUUCGUAGUCAUCACAAGAUCUUAAGAGGAGCUUGGAGCAUGAUGUUGAUGUGUUCUUUGUUCCCAGAUAUUGCCCUCAAAGAGAGGCAAGCAUUGAGGAUGUUGUCAAGAGUGUGUGUGUUUGCUGUUUAGGACAGAUGGGAAAGGUGGUGUGUUUGUGGGUAAAUUUUGAAAUUCAAGUUUAUGAAGUUUGAAUACGUAAAAACUAAAGGCUACAAGGUCUGAUUCAUCAUAUUUAAAAUAAACAUUUCUAUAAAAUCUC